CCUCCCCCCGGACAUCCGCCAUGCCUCGCAAAAACUCACGCAACCUUGUAUAUAUCAAGAGUAAAAAACUUUUUACUUUUAGAACUUUUUUAUAACUGUAAAUGUGAACACAAAAACAUAUAAAUUACUAAUUAAAACAAAAUCUAGUGUUAACCGCAUAGUCAAAUGCCAAUUUCACAAUGGGAAGGACUGCUCAAAAUAGAGGGAAAAAGAAAUUUGUUUUUGAAUUUUUGUCGUUGCCAAACAUUACAAUGGAACACACUUUCAGGAAUACAACCGGCAGAAGGUAAUACCCCGCGCAAAAUUUCCCGAGGGGGCUAUGGCGUCAUAAUUGUAAACGGGAGAAGUGUUGUUUUACAAUAAAGUGGUGUUUUAUUGCAUAUUAUCCGACACUAACACAGGCUAAGAUUUAUAUUUUCAGUUUAAGCAAUAUUGUAUCAAGAACUUUUAAGUGCCUUUCUAGUUUCUCCAUUGAACUUUGUUCCAUUGAACUAUUAUAAAGCUGAGAUCAGGACUGCAUUUUGGUGGAAAUGGUUGGUCAUGGCCCCCAUGGAAUGGCAGGGCUUAGAACGUACCCCCACCCCACCCCUAAAGGCAACGACGUGACGUAUGCAUGUCUACUAUACAUAUAUGUAUCAGUGUAUUUAUGAAUUAUGACUGUACGACACAUCCAAUUUUGCCCUUCAUUACAUUGUUACAAAUUUUGUUUUGAAACGUUGCAUUAAAGGAUACGUGACACGGAGAUAAAUGGCUAUCACUGUUUUGAUUUCACAGAAAAACUUUCUUACAAAGUGUAGACCCUAAGCAGGACAUAAAAAAUUGUCUCAUUUAAAUUUUGAUCUUUCAUUUAACCUUUGCCAAGGAGAGGUGCAAAAAAUCUCAGGGAAUGUUGAUUUAGUUAUUUAUUUAUUUAUUAUGCUUUGCCAAUUUCACACAAUCUGCACAAAUGCAAACACAAGAAUAUACAACCUAUCAAUCAUAGCAGGGUAUAUGCAUAGAUAUCUCAUAGUGCAUCUAAUUAUUCUGCAAUUCAAAAAUUGAAGCCGUGAUUGCAGACUCAGGAUAUUCCCAUGAAAUGAGAAGACUCGUAUGUUUUCUAUUUCUUAAACAGGGAACUUAAACAUUAAGUUAAACCUAUUCCAAAUACACUUUCAAACUAUUCAAAUGAUGAAAGUUAUUAGCGAGUGGGAAACUCCAACAUGGUCGCCAUCUAUUCAAAUGGGGGUAACCGCUGGAAUAUUCUUGGCUUCAAUUUUACUAAAAGAGAUGCGCUAUCUAGUUUAUAUAAUAUAUCUAUGUGUAUAUGCUACAGCUUACGCCAAUUACAGCAGCCCUUAUAAAACGAAGAUGACACAUUCUUCAUUAGAUCUUUAGUAAUAUAAAAAGGCCAGUUUGCACCCAGGAAAACUCUCCGCAGGAUAGGAGCGGAAAGGAAAGUUACAUAGUGCUAAAGUCCUUAGUUUACAUAGUGCUAAAGUCGUUAGUUCCAACGAGUGGAAAUUAGCCUAUAAUGAAGUAAAUGAACCUUAACAAAACCAACACAGGGACACACAUUAGAAUUAAUAACAACAUGAAUUUGAACAAGACAAAAUGUGCUCAUCUCCCCUCAAAAUCCGGCUACGACUGAGAUAAAAUUGAAUUUGAAUUUCAUGAUUUCGUACGGCUCGAUAUAAGAUGUUGUUGUUUUAUCCCCCACAGGCUGGUGAACGCGAGUAUGAGAUGGACAACUUGAAAAGACGGCUUCGUGACGUCGAGGACGAGCGUGACGGAAUGGAGAAGAAAUGGUUGGAUCAGGUUCAAAGUCAUGUCAAAGAAAAAUACCUCAUUGCAGACCUACAGAAAGAGGUUUUGCUUUGGAAAGGAAAGUUCAAGAAUCUCCUAGAUCGUAUCCAAGGUCUAGAAUGUGACGCAAGGAGAGACUUUGACUACUCGUGCCGACGAAGCUCUCUGGGAGAAAUGCCCAAUGAUUUUGGCAACCCAAAGGAACAAGGCCCUGGUUUACGUGAUAGCGUUGAAAAGGUCUCCGUUAUCGACGCUCCUGGCCGAAUUCUUCACGUGCCUGUCACAUGCGGUGUUCCUGUUAUUACACGUGAUCGUAGUACAGUCCCACAGGUGUAUCGGCCCGAACCCACAUAUAUCUACGGUUAUCCCAGUCAAGCCAUUCACCAUUCGGCCCUAGUCCAAAACGGCAUCGCACCCAUGAUUACGUCAGAGUACUAUGACACAAGACGUGAUGUCACCAUGGCAGCACCGGAAGUAUCACGUGAGCAGGUUACCGUAACAACGUCCGAUGAAGGGGACGAGAAAGACGUGGAAGUCGAUGUCGAUGGUAAAUUGGAAGAGCAAGGGGAGGAUGGCGGUGAUGAGAUGAUGAGCAAAAGGAUAGUCAUCACUGGUGCUGGAAACAAAGCCAAGAUUAUUGUGAGAAAACGCAGUGACCCAAACAGGUAUGGUCCCGGAGUUCAUCCCAAACGCAAACGACUUAGCAGAUGAAUCACAUUCCACUUUUUGAAUGCUGCCAAUCAAUCACACGUAGUUCUUGAUACCAAUCUCACAGCAAAAGGCCAUCUCAACUAAUCAAUUUUAACUGAAAAUUUCUGACACUUAUUUAUGUUAGCUAGGCGAUGUCACAUCUAAGCAAAAGUGCAGUUCUCUCUUGCAUUUCUAUGCAAAGAUCUCUAAGGCUGGUUUACACUAUCCAAGUUUCAGUGAUCACAGUAGGAAUUUUGCAUAUUGGUAAAUUCUAAGUUUUGAAGGUUUGUAAGAAAUGGGAAUGGACUCAUUGUUUAAUUCUAAGUCAGUUUUCUCAAACAAUUCUUACAAAUCCAUCUCGGACUCAUUAAUAAUCCAUGAGUAAAUUAGCCAACCAUAUUGCUUUAUUUUGCUCACAUGUUAAUACUGGAUACCUGAUGAAGUAUAUUGAUCCAGUGCUAGGGCUGGAUCAAAAUUAACACAGUCCUUGGACUGGAUCAAAAUUAAUUCACCUCACUUUAUAUUAUAGUUAUUUAUUCGUACGAGAUGCCAUUUCAAAUCCUCCAAUUCGGACUGGACUCGCAGUUUGAUCCAGUCGUCGGCUUCGCCUCGGAGUUGAUCAACUUGCGCGACUUGAAAUCUAGUCCAGUCCUAAUGUUCGGAUUUGAAAAAUUACUUCAAAACUUAGAAUUUACCAAUGCAAAAUUUCGACUGUGCUCACAGAAACUUUGAGAGUGUAAACGUCACGACUCUGUGUCCAAAAUUGCGUUGCGAGGUGCCAUCACGGUAGCUCAUCAAUUUUUCACUUUAUUGAAAGCAGAGCUUUCUUCGCUCGCUACAUCACGUGCCCUUUGUGUGACGAUUGUCAGCGGUUCAGAGGAGUGAGAUUCACAUGGCGUGGUUUUGUGUGGUUGGGUAAAUAUUGCAUUAUUAAUGGAAGGUAAUCGUUUUUAGCAGAUACCAAUCUUUAUGAGUCAGCGUGCAUUUUACAUGCGAUCAUAUUGUCCUACAAAUGACCGCAUUGAAAUGUCGUAAAGCUCAUAUUGAAGGUAUCUGUCUCAUUAUGCGGUCAAAAUUGCGGUAAGCGUAUUAAAAACGGGAGAUCAUCUCAACUGUAAUUAUAUACUAGCUAGUUUGAUAUAUACAUGUAGAGCACGAAUCAAUUUGCUGUCACAACAUCCUCAGGAAUUUAGCCCCUCCUCGCCCAAAGGUAUUUCUGUCGUACGCAUGGACAUUUUGUAAAACUUAGUAGUUAAAAUUCGCUGCUUUGUUUUGAAAUCCAGACGUCGUUUUCAAAUUCGAAAUGUACUUUCAAACUCUAUCGUGGAAACGACACUAAUCCUAAUGGUUUUGGGGACAAAUUCCUGCGCUUGUGGCCUUUGCGAUGUUAGACAAAAAAUUGAUUCUUUUGCGGUUAGAUUUAGUCGUUAGCAAUUGACGUGUGAUCCUAGUUGAUUUUUGAGGCUUGUACAGUGUCAUGAACGUAUAUCGAAAUUUUCGUAUAUUAUUAGAUUUGAGGGAGUGCAGUGGAUGCAUGCAGCGCCUUGAUGCCUGCGAACGGGUUGGUUAGGAGUUGAGAGCUUGUAAAUUUGAAAUACUUUUCUCGUAUGACUUAAAUAACAUUUUUGUUGAAAAUUCAAGAAUAUCGAAUGUUCGAAGCAAAUUAUCAUUCUAAAAUCUACCGUUACUUUAUCUUUAUAAGCAAUUUUAUCAGCGCAAGUAUUUCAACUCCUAGACUGUUGGUGGAGUGAAAAUUUCAUGUAUAGUGUAAGCAAAUGAAAGGCAUUAGAUAACAUCAACCGAGGCGUCGAAAUUAGUAUAAUUCAGGGGGGAACCCGUGAUUUCAGUUCAUGUUAUCUGUUCCUUUCAUUUUCACUAGACAUGAAAUUUUCAUGUGGUCGUUUUGAGGCACCUGCACAUUGUAUUAUAUAGUAUUGUGUCCUGUUUUCUUGCCAUAUUUUAAGGGCAUUUUAGGGAAGGCGAUAUUUUUAGGAGAAACUUUUCUCAUUUUGAGCCUAGAUCGCAUUAUAGCUAGAUCACCGUGGCGUGGGGGAUAUUUUGAAUUUGUUAUUUGUUAGAAAACCUUUCUUCUUUUUAUAUCUGGUGCGAGAACCUCAGUCAUUCGGUCUAUAAGAAAACUGAAACCAAAAUGGCGGACGUCCAAAAUCUAUGAAGAUCGUGAACAGUUUAAAUACCAUUUUCUCAGCUAAUUCAGGUUUUUCCUGACAAACCGUAUCGCUAAUCAUGUUAUCACUUCAUAAAACCAUAGUGUUUAUUCUUUGAAUCGAAGUACUAUUUAAAACACGAGCAGAGUGCUUUAUCUGAUAUAAAACACGAGAGCGCAGCUGGAGUGUUUUAUAUCUGAUAAAGCACGGAGUGCGAGUUUUAAAUGGCUUAAAAAACGACCCAUUUCAUGAGUUCAUUGGCGAAGGAAUUUUAAAACUAAACGUUGUCUAAGCAGAGAAAAUCAAAGCUAAAGUUUAUGUAAAUGAACAUGAUUUUUUAUCACAAAUAAAACCACCGACGGUAGUGAUUUCUUUUGUAUUUUCCUCGUGAAUUAUUGAGUUUUUGAGAUAAAAAUACCAAAUACUGCUUGCAGACCGCGCAGACAAAAGUACAACGGAACGGGACCAAUACCUCAAUCUUUGUCCUCACUGUUUGAACUCGAAUUCUCGCUCCAGAUAUAAAUAUGGAGGUCACCUCUCUGCGGCUUAAAAUUACGAAUUACAUUGUUUUAUAAUUUUUCAAAGUUUAAUAGCUGAUGUACUUUAUUCUACGGUGAUAGACUAAGGUAAACUAAUUAAAAGAAUAUUUAGGUAUUUGCCGCUUUGCCAAUACCGUAAUGGUUUGGGGUAAUUUUUCUGCAAAAUGUAUUUUGUCAUCAAAAAAGACGGAUAAAUUAAAGUGGAAAAACUUCAUGUUAUACAACAUGGACGCGAAUGUUAAAUGGCUUGUGAAACGUCUUGACGAGAACAUUGAAAUAUGGUGAGAUGAUUUCGUUUGUGUUUUCUUCAUGAACUAUGAAUGAGUUUGACAAUUUAGUUUACACAAUACAUUUUGGAGUUGAAUUACCCCCAAGGCACAAAUUCGUGUAAAAUUUUACGUUUCCAAAUUUUCAUAACAUUUUCUAUCGGCCAAUAUCCGAAAAUAUCUAACAUUGACAAUCGUUCAAUCGGAACCCUAACUUCGGUGAUAAAUUUGUAUAAUUUAUUAAUACAUUUGAAUCAUAAUAUUAGUCAUUCAUUAGUUCUUAGUCUUAGUUUAACUUGCUGGAGGUUAAUCGUGGUUAAUAGGGGAUAAUAUGUAUCUUUGAGGGACACAUAGGAUGUCGUAAAGAAAUGUUGCCGCCAUUCUGUUGUACGAGAGACAAACUUUAAAUUGACCAUUGUUGGCCUUUUUUGUUGAUUGUGCUGACUGGACUUCGAAGUCCUUCGGUAAUUUAUCGUUUGUUGACCGUAUGGCAAAAUGCGGGAACAAUGAUUUCGUGCUUUUUGAAACGGCAUUUUAACGUCUUUUUCAAAGUUCAAAACUGUUCCAUCUUGCCUGACGUUCUUAUGCCGUUUUUUUGUCGAUCACUUGAUAUAUUACGUCAUACAAAGCCUUGGUAAAAUGUUAUCUUUCAUUGGCUAAUGUAGUGUCUCAUUCGCCAAUGACAGAGCUUCGUUGAGCCAAAGCAACCAAUGAGCGGUCAUGCAUAUAUAGAAUUUUUCAUUUCAUUUAUGACAACUAUGAAAAGUUUUAAUUAUUUUAUGUGCAAAGUAGUUCGCAUAAAAUAGUUUAAAUUUCAAGUAAUUUUGGAAUAAAUUUUAUUUGUGGCAAAAGUUUGGUAAAAUAAUUUUAUAGUGUGCUUUCAAACUAAUGUCAAGGCUGCAUUCGUUGCCCCUUUUUUCAUACGUACGAAGGCGCACAGAAAAGUUUAAAAUCUUUUUAAAUUUUACUAAUUUCCUCAGUAAAUAUACAUUAAUUCAAUCAUGCACAAAGCUAAAUGCUGUCAUUUAGUCAUUUCAUAAGUAACAUUUAAGUAGAUUUAAACUUUUCCGUGUGUGUGUGCAUAUGAAAAAGCUUUGACGGAUGCAGCCUUCAAUAGUUUUUGGCGAUACACUCGCUUUUUAGAGUAUACAAUAAUUGUUGUAUUAGCUUGUAUAGAAUAUAUAAAAUAUUAACCAAACUAAAUUUCUAAAGGUUUUAAAACUUGAUUGUGAUGGUGAAAAUUUUCAUCCAUAAAGUUAUUAAAGCAUUUAUGUCAUUUAGUUUGUGGAAAAUAUUGUCUAUUGGUUUGUAACAACGUUUAAUAUAAGCGCCACAUGUAAAAUAUGUUUUCAUAAUUUAAAGAGAACUGUUGUGGUUGGGUAAUGGACGCUCGCGUUCCAAGAUGGAAAUGUUCUUGUAUGCCAUAGUUUUAACGAUGGUUUCUUCAGCAAAUGAUUAAAAAUAAUUUUUACUACCAC